CUUGGCGGAGCUGCUAACAUCAGCAGCUUCACUCCCUGCAGCGACCGCGUCCACAUUGGUAACGACCUGUAGCGAAGAACACUCCAGAACAACUACAGUUGACGAGAAAACAAAGAAACAAAAAACAUGCCUCGGGUCUAUAUUGGACGACUGAGCUAUCAUGUUCGCGAAAAAGACAUUCAGCGAUUUUUCAGCGGAUACGGGAAACUCAUGGAAAUCGAUUUAAAAAACGGCUAUGGAUUCGUGGAGUUCGAGGAUAACCGGGACGCCGACGAUGCCGUGUACGAGCUGAACGGGAAGGAGCUGUGCGGGGAGCGUGUGAUCGUCGAACAUGCCCGGGGGCCGCGGCGUGACCGAGAUGGCUACGGUAGCGGUUACAGCAGCCGGAGCCGCUCUGGCAGGGACAAGUAUGGGCCCCCAGUACGUACGGAGUACCGUCUCAUCGUGGAGAACUUGUCCAGCCGCUGCAGUUGGCAGGACCUCAAGGACUUCAUGCGCCAGGCAGGGGAGGUGACCUAUGCAGAUGCCCACAAGGAACGCACCAAUGAGGGGGUGAUCGAGUUCCGGACUCACUCGGACAUGAAGAGGGCUUUGGACAAGCUGGACGGUACAGACAUCAACGGACGGAAGAUUCGUCUGGUGGAGGACCGGCCUCGCAGACGCAAGUCCUACUCUGGCAGCCGCUCCAGAUCUCGUAGUCGCCGCCGCUCCCGCAGCAGGAGCCGCAGGAGCCACAGGAGCAGGAGCUCCCGGAGUCGCUCCAGAUCCCACUCCAGGUCUCGUUCCCGUAGCAACAAGAGAAAUCAUCAUUCCCGCUCCAGAUCUGGAAGGAAGUCUCGCUCCAAGUCAGGAGAAAGGAAAUCACACUCUCGCAAUCGCAGGUCUCGUUCUCGGUCCCGUAAAUCAAAAUCUCGUUCACGCUCCCACAAGUCCCGGUCCCGUUCGGCCGACCGGAAAUCAAAGUCCCGUUCAAAGAGCCGUUCUAAGGUAAAGUCAGAGCGGGAUUCUCGUAGUCGAUCCAAGGAGUUGUGUGGUGACAAGAAGUCCCGCAGUCGUUCUGCUUCCCCAGUAGAGAACGGGAAGGAGGAGCGUGCUGCCAAAUCUGCCUCCCGCUCCCCAUCCCCACGUGAGGAUGACCGCCGAUCCAAGUCGAGGGAGAAGCGCUCAGCCUCCCACUCAAAGUCCCGCUCAAGAUCUUGCUCCCGGUCUAGAUCAGCUUCUCAAGAUUAGUGGAAUUAGAGAAGGGAGGCGUUUCACUUAUUGUUGAGCUUGAGACCUAUGCUGUACAUAAUAAGCAGUGUCGUCAUACUGGCUUAUGCUUCCUGACUUUUCUACUUUUCUCCUUCAAGUAUGCACUUGUCUUUAAAAACGUUUUAGACGCAGUUUUAUGAGAGGAUGUGCCACAGUGACAGGGCUACUUUUUGGAAUCAUUUGGGUCUCUGGAUCGCCUGUCUCCCAAAAAUCGCAUAUUUUCACCUUUUUCUUUUUUUUUUUUUUUUU